AAACCUGUCAUCAUCAACAACAGCUAGCUAGCUAGCAACACCACCAAAUAAACAUCCACCUCGCUAAGCGAUCGAGAAAAUGAAGACCACCAUGGCAUCAGCCGCGCUGCUCUUAGUGCUAGCCCUAGCGCUAGUGUCCGCCCCACUCACAGCAGAGGCAAAGAAGAAGAAACCGGCAGAGAGCGUGGCCGCCGCCGGCGAGGCGGCGGAGGCGAAGAAGGUCCAAGACAGCUUCUGCGCCACGCUCUGCCAAGGCAGGAAGGGGAUGGACCUCAUUGUCUGCAAGGAGUCCUGUGAGCUCUCCCAGCGCUCCAACCUGGUGCUGUACGGGCGGAUCCAGUGCAAGGGCAAGUGCACCGAGCAGAAGGGCAUCACUGCGCCGGCGAUGAAGGUCUGCGAGGAGCAGUGCGACAAGGACUACGUGGUGAAAGCGGCGGAGGUCACCGCUGCAUGCAACAAGACUUGCGACAAAGAGAAGAACAAGAUGCUCAGCGACAAUUGCAAGAAGUCCUGCACCCCUCCUGCAGCUUGAAGCAUGCACUUCAAUCUUCUGCUGCGUGGCAUUCAACUCAAGCCGAUGAUCGUCGUCACUGGCUAGCCGCGUGCAACAAUCAUUUUUGAUGGGUAUAUAUAUGGACGAAACUAUAUAUACCCCUAUUAAUUUGGUAUUUUUCUAAGCUAAUUGUUUUUGUAUGUUCAAAAUAUAUCGCCAAUCGAUAUUGAUCCAUCGAUGAUAUAUAGUUUUAUGGACUGCUCUGUAGCAGGCCAAUGUAAUGUCACGCAAAUAAGCAUUUGUAUUUUUGUUUGAUUGAUUGAAUGAAUGAAUGAAAAGGCAUGCUGGCAGUUGUUAUCACUAAUUAAA